ACAGAAGUCACAAAUUAGCUUUGAGCAUCGAUAUCACACCAGUAUUAUACUUAUAUAUUUAUUUUUAUUUCAGAAACAGUCCAUGUACAUUCUAUAAAAUACAAAAUCGUAAAUAUUAGUUAUAUUGUUAAUAAAUAAUAAUACUCUUACAUUUAUUGGUGUCUCCUUUGAAUCGUCGAGACACCAAAAGAUGGCUGUGGCUGGAGAACCUUUGAACUUAGCGAAAGAUGUCAAACGAGCCAUCGAACUGUUGGAAAAGCUCCAAAAAACCGGAGAAGUGCCAGUAACCAAAUUAGCUGCAUUACAAAAAGUAUUGCAGAGUGACUUUUUAUCGUCUGUACGAGAAGUGUACGAGCAUGUUUAUGAAACUGUUGAUAUACAAGGAUCUCAGGAUGUUCGUGCUUCAGCUACAGCUAAAGCAACCGUCGCUGCGUUUGCUGCUAGUGAAGGUCAUGCCCAUCCAAGAGUGGUAGAAUUGCCCAAAACAGAAGAAGGACUUGGAUUUAAUGUGAUGGGUGGACGAGAACAAAAUUCUCCAAUCUAUAUAUCACGCAUAAUACCUAGUGGUGUAGCUGACAGACAUGGUGGUUUAAAGCGAGGAGAUCAACUUCUGUCAGUUAACGGAGUGUGCGUAGAAGGUGAAAAUCAUGAAAAAGCUGUUGAGUUACUAAAACAAGCUCAAGGAUCUGUCAAGUUGGUUGUCAGAUAUACGCCAAAAGUAUUGGAAGAAAUGGAAAUGCGAUUUGACAAGCAACGUGCUGCCCGGAGGAAGCAACUAAACCAAUAAUUACAUACUGAUGGUAUGAACAUUAGUCUACAUAACUAUGAAUAGUAUUUGACAAACUUGAACAGCAUACUUAUUUAGUUGAAGGGUUGUUAAAAUAUUUUCGUAAUUGUUGUCACUAAGUCUUUUCCUUAUUCAUAUUUUGAUGUCUUCUAAUCAAAUAAAAAAUUGUUUUGUGUUCCCAAAAUUAUAUACAAUAAUUAAAUAAGUAACAAAAAAUUGAUUUACUUAAAUUGCAUACUUAGGUUAAUCAAUAGAAAUAACGAUAUACUGAUAUAAUUGUAGAUUUGUACCAACUAUUAAAAUAAUUUAUUUAAAUUAUUGUAGGUUUGAAACCUCAUAUAAUAAAGUAGAUACAAUUCUUAAAUUUGGUUAUUCUCAAUAAGAAUUUUUAAUUUACUUUUUAAUGUAACUGACUUAAAUAUCGGUUUCAUUUUAUAAGUAACUUAUAAUUUUAAAUCACAUUUUUACAAUUUAUUUGUAUUAUAUACAUCAUGUUAAAAUGUUUAAAGUUUUUAUUUAGUUAAAUGUUAAUUGUUUAGUAUUCUAUAUCAAAAUUUAGACCUAUGUUUAUUAAACUAUUUCUAUUAUACCCUGCAAUAAAGCCACAUUUCUUUAAAAAGUAUUAUUAAAUAUGAAUUAUAAUAUAUUAUAUAAAACUUGUUCAUUGUGAUCUUGUAGUUUCCAAAUUGACUUAUGUAUUAUCAAUGAUAGUAAAAUUAAUUCAGUGGUAUGCCUUCCUACAAAAUUUAUAUGACACUGAAGAGUUGUUUAUAAUUAAUUAUUAUUUUUUGUUAUUACUUAUUUUAUAUCAUAGAUAUUGCUUGUACUAAGCAAUUACACAUUUUGAGUUUUUUGAGUGUUUAUAAUAUUAUAGUUAUACAUUAAUACAUAGUUUUAUUAUUUAAUUAGCAUUUUUAAGUAUUUGUAUUUAUAGCUAUAAGCCUAUUACUAACUCGCCAAGGUUAUUAUAAAUUAUUUAAUACUUUAUAGUUUAAGAUUAUCCCAGUGUUUUCAGUAUUAUAAUUUAUAAUAAUAUGAAGUAUGGUACACGCUAUAUUUUGUAAAAUAAUUAGGUGUCUACAUGGAAAAUUUGCAAUUAUCAUUUAUUACUUUAUUAUACUAAAUAUCAUUAUAGUUUGUUAUAAUUCAUUAUUUGCUUAAACAUUUCAAUUAAAUAUACUUUAAUUAAUUAUAAUA